CCCAGCGGUUGCCUAACAUGUUGGGACAUCAGCUGGCUUUCAAAAGAUCCCUGAAAAGGAAAUUGCCACAUGUUCCUAAGUCUUCACAAAAGAGGAAGUGGGAGCUGCGAAAGACACGUCUGAGAUGAGAUUUUUUUCCCCCCUCAGGAUGUUUUUACAAGAUUUUCACGUAAAUUAAAGAGGCAGUUGCCUUUACAAAAGGACCGGCAGAACAACAGCCUGCCAUGGGCCUGAGUUCAAGACUAGCAAAGCUUCUGUUUUUCCUCGAGCUGUGUGAAAUCUGCAGAGGAUUUGAACAGGGGAACUGUACUGACUACAAGCUCCAGUUUGAGAGGGUUUUCUCUGUUCCUGGAGAUGUGGCGAUGCUGAACAGCACACUGGUCUCUCCAGACGUCUUUGACUUCAAAACUGUCCCGUACACAAUCACGUGGUACAACUCAAUGUCGGGCCAAGAAAUCACCAAUCAAACUGGUCAUAUCCUGGUGAACCAGGAGACCCUGUGGAUUCUGAAUGCAACACUGAGUGACAGCGGGGAUUAUGUGACCAUACUGAGGACUCCUUCUCACUGCUAUAGGCAGGCCACCAAGCUGGUAGUAGAGGAAAGACUUCCAGGAGAAUGUGGAAGGCCGAAGAAAGCUUUUCAAGUACUUACAAAAGGAGUGACUGACAACCUGAGCUGCCCUCUGAGGGACCAUAUCAAUAAGCUGAGAAGCUACAACAUCACUUCCUCCAUCAAGUGGUACAAAGACUGUGAGCCCAUAGAGGAUGGGACAAACAUCUACGAGUAUUGGGACACCAAACUGAAAAUUAAUCAUGUGGAACUUCAUCACAAAGGCACCUACACCUGUACUCUAACAUUCACCCUCGGUGGCGUCAAAGGAUCUGUGUCAGAGUCCAUUGAUGCAACGGUUACAGAGGAGUACUCUUUGGUUCCACAAGUGCAUGAACCCACCAAUGAAGUAGUCAAAGCACAGAGGGGGUUCAACUUCAGUAAAAGGUGUCUGGUGUUUGUGCCGGGUGACGGGAAGCCUUCUGUUGAUAUCUUGUGGUUGGCCAGAGAGGAUUUCAUUGAGACUAACACCUCUCACCGCGUCCACAUGUUAGAUCAACGCCUCAUCAGUAUGCUGCCCAAUGAAGGCGCGUGGUUAGAGCGACUGCUGAUGUUUUCUGAGCUGCAGGAGGAGGACUUGUACACCAACUACACCUGUCGUGUGUACAGUGACAGGGGCUUUCCUGAGAGAUAUUUUAGUCUGCAACCAGCAGAUCCAAACAUCACACUUCCUAUCGGAUCUGUGCUCGGCAGUGUGAUGGUUCUCUUUAUCAUCACUGUCAUCCUGUACUACGUUUUUAAGAUUGACAUCGUGCUGUGGUUCAGGAGAGCCUUUCCGGUCCUCUAUAGCAAUAAAGACUUGGACGGGAAGUUAUAUGAUGCCUAUGUCGCAUACCCGCAGCCCUACGACCUCGGAUUCAACAAGGAAGUAGAAACCUUUGCCCUUCAGACACUGCCUCAAGUGUUGGAAAUGGCCUGCGACUACAAACUCUUCAUAGCAGGGCGCGACUGCCUGCCGGGGCAAUCUUUGGUGGACUCUGUUGAAGAAAACAUACAAGCCAGUCGCCGUGUCCUUUUGCUCUACACUGCCUCCACUUUCACCACCAAGAGACACACGAGCAGCACAAGCAGUAAUAAUAACAACAUUUCUAAGAGCGCUGAAUGCAGCGUUGAAAGUGAAAGAAACCCCAGUGACAGCUGUAGCAUCAUGAGCUCUGAAGUCAGCGAUAAAGUCUAUACUGACACAAGGCAGCACCUGGAGUAUAUGGCAGCAAUGCACAGAGUGCUGCUUGAGGGCUCUCUCAAGGUGGUUCUGGUCGAGUUGGAGGAGAUCACGCCAGCUCAACUGGCUCUAUUUCCAGAGUCAGUGCGUCAUCUGAGGAAAAAACAGGGUGCUGUGUGUUGGUGGAAGAGCCAGAGGACGGGGCAAAGGUGGAAGACACGCAUGAGCGAAACUGACGCAGAAAAAGGCGAAACGGACUCGCAGCUGUCACCGUCCCUCUCCCCUUCCUCAAGGUUUUGGAAGGAAGUGAGGUAUCACAUGCCCGUCCGGGGCAAGAGGGUGCUGUAUCCCGAAAAGACGGCCUUGCUGUAAUUCUGAUGGAGUUCUGUGUUUGUCAGAUAUUGAACCAGAGAGCAACUGGUUUCUAAUGCAAAUGUUUGAGAUGUGUCUACUCACACACAGACUAGUCAUGGAUACUGUUCCCAGAAGCAGUGAUGCAAAGACUCUGAGUCAGGUUAACAGCACGGGUACAUCUAAAGUUACUCUUUAGUAGAGAUGCCACCUAAAUCUCACCUUUACCUUCUGUGCAGCUUUCAAGCAGCACAUUUAUGAUGACAGGAAAACUGUACCAUGCUCAACGUGUUGUAAUCAGAGUAAAGAAACGAUGGAUGGUGCUUUGCCUAAAGAUAACGACAGCUGCUUAUGGACAGAUCACUGCAGUGCUUGGACUGUCCAUGGCUUGCCUGCACUGGUCUGUGAACUGUUGACAUUCUGUAUCAGAGAGGGCCUGAAAGAUAAUGUAGAAAAAGAAGGUUGAUCCAUUUAUUUUGUUUACCACAAUCAGCAACAACCCAGCUGACACUGGGUGACAGGCAUUUCAAUAAAGAGAGAUCGUUUGGAGGAAAUGAACAUAAUUUAUUGAUAUUCAGAAUUCAAUUAAGCUAUUAGUCUCUGAUGGCCCAUCACGGCAGAAUAGAAUCCCAGCAGUGAUAGGAAUUACUGUAGGAAAGCCCCCGCCAGAGAGACGCUGGCGGUGGUGAAGAUAAAGAUGGAGGCUUUGAUGGAGCACUGAGUGACUUGGGUAAGGUGGAGAUGGGUGGGGAGGUGGGUUGAACAAAUGAGUCUGCGAGGGAGAAUGAGCGGUGAGAUUUAAAGUAAUCAGAGUAGAGGCUGAUUGGCUUGAAGAAGGUGGGCAGAAAGACGAUUGGAUCAGAGCAGUGAUGUCAGCUUUGAGUUUGACAGCGUGCGAAACUGGAAGCGAAGUGAAGAAUAAACUUGCAGCUGAACACCCAGGAAAGCAGAUGAGCGACUGCAGAUCGUCCUUAUUGAACUUAUGCAUAAGCUUCAUUUCAGAAAAAAUGUGCAUGUAUGAUUAAAAGUGUAAAUAUGUAGCGAAAAAUGUGUAAAUAAUAAAAAAUGUAAAGAGGCACAACCAGACAAGGAUAUAUAUGUGAUAAAUUUUAUAAAUAUAUGAUGUUAUUUAUAAAUUCAAUGUCAUGAAACAAGGAUGCAUAAAAGUCUAGGCUAAAAUGUCUGCAUUUUUAAUCAAUGAUGUUUCAAUCGGAUGCCUGAAAAUUGUAAAUAUU